AGAGCUGCACAGACUAACAGCUUUCUGCUGUGGUCUCAACUUCAACACUUUACUGUACUGUUCUACACACACGCGACUCAAGUGGCUUUUAUUUACAUGAUAAGACUCUUCUCCAGCGAGCUGAUAAAAGUCUUAUCACGCGUUCUCUGCAACAGAGGCAGAACUUUGACCUGGUGAGAAGACCUUCAUCUCAGCUCCUCCUCUUCGUCAUCCAACAGAACCAAUCAGAAAAGAGCUUUGUGUCGCUUUGGCUUUGGAAAUAUAAGGAGAGGGUCAGAGGAGCUACGCUGAAAGAUUUUUCACCAUGAACCGGGCCUGGGCUGUGUUCAAGGCUCAUCCGUACAUCAGUAAUGUCCUGGGAUACACAACGCUAUUUGCCUCUGCUGACCUCAUACAACAGAGUGUGCUGGGUGGUAAACAAACUGCAGGAUCCACAUCAGAGGAUUCGGCUGGCAUCGACUGGCGUCAGACGGCUCGAGUGGCGACUGUCGGCUUCUGUUUCCAUGCCAACUUCAACUACCAGUGGCUCCGAGGGCUGGAGAGGAUGCUGCCAGGAGGUGGAGUGAAGGCAGUGACUGGGAAAGUUGUUGUGGAUCAGCUGAUCGCAGCUCCUCUCACCAUCAGUGCCUUUUAUAUUGGUUUAAGUUUACUAGAAAACAAAGACGACCCUCUUGAAGACUGGAGACAGAAAUUCUGGACAUCUUACAAGACUGGAGUGGUAUUUUGGUCAACAAUGCAGGCAGUGAACUUUGCCCUGGUGCCCCCUGUGGCACGGACAGUGUUUCUGGGAGGCAUCGCACUGACUUUCACUAUCUACCUGUGUCACCUCAGACAGCAGAGUGGCCACAAACUCGAAUAAACUUGAGACCCCGAGUUUUUGUACUGAAAGACUGUGACAUUAAAAGGCUUAUUUAAGGGCAGAAUACAGUUUCAAAGUCAUUAGAUUUACAGAGAAAACAAGGGAAUAAGUCACAUUUAUGUGAAUCAGCUGAUUAGCC